AGACUUUUAUCUCUUUGCUCCCUCGUAAAAUCAUCUCCACCCCCUGAAGGGAGAUUUCUCUCGCACAAAUUUUCCCGUCGUUUUCUCUCGGUCGACCAAUUUCACCAACCCAUUUCUCUCUCUCUCUCUCUAACUCUCUUUCAUUCCCUUAACCAAGAAGGAAGAAACUUGCUUCGUCGUUUACAUUCCCAAUUCGAAAGUUUUGAGAUUUCCCCAAUCAAGAAGAAGAAGAUCUUGUUCAUUUCGCGGCGAGGGUUCGGUUUGGUUCUUCGUGGGCAAGGAAGGGUUUCUCUAAUUUACUCAAUCGGAUCAGAAAGUCUUCGUCUUUAUCCCGUCUCAGUUUCGGUUUCUGAAAACCCUAAUUCAUCCAUUCUUCUGUCAGCAAUAGGGGUUUCUUAUUACUUUCUAAAACAAAGGAAGCUCUGAAAAUUUUCAGUGCCUAUUAUUUUUUUCUGUUGCCAUCUGAAAUCAAAGAGUCUCCUUUCUCCGUAGAUCUAUCCUUUUCCUAAAAAAAAAAAAGAAGAUAGCUUUUUGUCCGGAUCUGAUCUUGGUUUCUACCUUUUUAGGUAUUCUCUGUACAAAGUGAUUUUAGGUUUCGUAAGUGUAGGCUUUUAUAGGAAUGGCGUUGAAUUUUUCACAUAGACACUUUUCUUCCCAUCUAUCUGAUGAAUCAAUGAAGAUAGCCAAUGGGUAUCUUGCUGAUGGGCUCUCUGAGAGGAACGGUGAUGUUUUUAACUAUGGGAGGAAUGCUGGAGAUUCAGCUUCUGUUGACAUACUUGAUGUUCUGCCUUCUGAUCCGUUUGGGAUGGAUAUCAACAAUACUUUCACUGCUAUCACUGGAUGGCUUGAGGAUUUGGAGGUUGAUUGUAGCCAGUAUGGGAGAGAUGAGAUUUGGGUUGGUGAUGGGAGCCACCAGCUCUUUGCUGGGUUGAGUUUCAUUUGGAACAAUGCAAUGCGGUUUCAGGAGUUUCCAGAGAGAAAUGUGUACACUAAUGGUGCUUUCUUAUCCACUAGUAGUGUGGAUGAGGUUGGAGAAAGCAGUGGUGGCUGCACCACCAAUGACGCAGUUGAGGAUGCACACGUUCAUCCAGCGUUUGGUUUUUGUCUUUAUCGCUUGGGAGUGAAGGAUCUUCUCUCAGCGAGUAUGGUUUGCAAGUCUCUGCACACGACUGUCUGUGAUGACUCGCUUCUGUGGAAACAUAUCCACAUUUGUCAGCCGUUGAAUGAGAAGAUCACAGAUGAGGCUCUCCUGCAGUUAACCGAGCGGGCUCAGGGCACUAUGCAGUGUUUGAGGCUCGUGGAUUGCUCGAGAGUUACAGAUGAUUGUCUUAAGCAGGUCAUGGAGCGUAACCCACAAGUAGUUAAGCUUGGCGUGUCUGGAUGCACAAGGAUCACUAUCGAUGGCGUUUUGAGCAUCUUGAGGGAUCUGAAGUCUGCGGGGAAGCUUCAAGUGAAGCAGUUAGAGAUCGGUGGCAUCUUUGGAGUUACUAAAGAUCACUACGAUGAAUUGUUUGGCUUGUUAGACGUUGACAACAAUGUGGAGCAGUCUACACAGAAGCCGCGUUUUUACCAUAGAGGAGACUCCUCAUGUGUAUCCUGCGAUGAUGAUGACAGGGUGCUGGAUAUUGAGAUGUGCCCAAAAUGUCAGAACGCUAGGCUUGUGUAUGACUGUCCAGCAGAAGAUUGUAAAGGGAAGGAGGAAUGUCGUGCUUGUUCUCUUUGCAUACAGAGGUGUUUUCAGUGUGGUCGGUGCAUCAAUGACAGCGAAUACGAAGAAACGUUCUGUCUGGAGUUUUUGUGCGCUGGUUGUUCGAAGUCGUCCCUUAAGUUACCUCUUGAGCUGGAAAGCCUUUCUGGUAUGACGUAGUUUGUGGGAAAUGUGUUUGCCCAUGGAUGUAGGUGUCUGUACAUAUAUUAAUAUGUUUAUUUUGGAUUGUGGAAAGUCAGAAUUAAAAGAAAAGAAUAUGAAUAUAUGGAAGAAAGAAGCAGAGUAGUUUUGGUGAGUGAAGAGUAGACAAGAAGAGUUUGUCAUGGCAUAGUUAGAGAGAUUAGAAAGACUACGCGAGAUGGGUAAGUUAGAAAGAGGUGGUGUAAUGUGAUGGAGGACAAGGUUGGCGUCUGCUAUCUUGAUGAGUGGGGCUUAAUUGGUUUUGAGAAAGGUCAGGAUAAAGAAAAAAAGAUUAUGUAAAAAGGAAAAGCCAAGAAAGAGUCUCAGAAGUUUGAUUUGUCGUCUGCUUUUGUGGGUUGGAGUUAAGAACACGAGAUGGGUCUUUCUUACUCUACUAUAAGUUAGAAAGAAAGAAGUAAGAGUAGUGUGAUGAAGGACAAGGUCGGCGUAUGCUGUCUUGACGAGUGUGGCUUAAUUGGUUUUGAGAAACUUCAGGGCAAAGAAAAAGAUUUUAAAAGGAAAAGGCAAGAAAGAGUCGCAGUAGUGUGAUUUGUCAUCUGCUUUUGUGGGUUGGAGUUCGGAGUUGGACAUUAAGAGAAGAACACGAGAAGAUUCUUUCCAACACUGCUAUAAGUUGGAAAGAGGUAUAGUAGUGUGAGGAACAGGUCGGUGUCUGCUAUAUUGAUGAUGUAGCUGAGUUAGUUUUUGAGAAAAGUUCAGGAUAAAGAAAGACUCUGUAAAAGGAAAAGAUAAGGAGUCUCAGUAGUGUGGUUCGUCAUCAGCGUUUGUGGGUUGCAGUUGGGAGUUGGAGAUUUAGAGAAGAGUCUUUCCAACUCUGCUAUAAGUUGGAAAGGGGUAGUUAGUGUGAUGAAGAACAAGGUUGGCGUCUGCCAUCUUGAUGAGUGUGGCUAAAUUGGUUUUGAGAAAAGUUCAGGAUAAAAAGGAAAAGCCAAGAAAGAGUCUCUUUAGUUUGAUUUAUCAUCUGCUUUAGUGAGUUGGAGUUUGGAUUUGGAGAAUUGCAGGAGAAGAGUUUGGGAUUGUUGAAGCCAUAAAAGGGAAACAAUGAGUUCUACAUGUAGAUUAAGAACCAGAAGAUCAUUUGCCCUAAUAUGUUUUGAAGAACAUGGUUAGUCUGCAUUCUUGACAGAGUUCAUAAAGGUGUGCCACUUUUGGUGAAAUCUUUGCUCAAUGGAGAUCAUUUUCAACUGUCUAGAAACUAUUUCCGUGCAAUAAAUAUGUUCGUUUUCAUCUUUGUUGAACAAUUGUCGUAAAUUUUUGUUUUGGCGCAAGACAUCUAUUUGUUAUAAAAAUAAAAUAAAAAAUUGUGACUUUGGAUUA